ACGGCAAAAACUUUUUAUUACAGAUUAGCUUUCAGUUGCUCUUUAUGGGUAGGGAGCUCAAAAAAUGCAUGAUGUAAAAAAGUUACAGCUUUUAUUUUGAAAGUAAUGGCAGGAAUUUAAUGCGUUGACUUUUGUACUUAACGAUCACCGAGACUUUGGCUGGAACUUUUUAAGCAUUGCAGAAGACUGACAGAUUGUUUCCUCGUUCAUCGCAAUAUCGGAAAACAAAACGAUGGCAAAUGAAGCUAAGCCAUGCCCCUGUGAUAUUGGUGAUCGGAUGGACUAUGGAGGGCUCGGGCAGGAGGUCCAGAUAGAGCACAUCAAAGGUUAUGUGGUGAAUCCUACCUCUGCAUCUGACAAGGCCAUUAUUGUCAUACAGGACAUCUAUGGGUGGCAGCUUCCCAACACAAGAUACAUGGCUGAUAUGCUGGCUGCCAAUGGAUACAUUGCAGUUUGUCCAGACUUCUAUGUUGGAAAGGAGCCAUGGAAUCCAUCACUUGACUGGUCCAAAUUUGAAGAGUGGCUUGAAGACAAAAAAGCAACAAAUAUAAACAAAGAGAUGGAUGCAGUGCUGAGAUUCCUGAAGGAGCAGUGUGGGGCCAAACACAUUGGGGUAGUGGGCUUCUGCUGGGGAGGGGUUGCCACACAUUACCUGUCUCUUCACUAUCCAGAGCUCAAAGCUGGAGUUUCAGUCUAUGGCGUCAUUCGUCUAAUGGAGGACAGGUUUGAGCUGAAGAGUCCGACUUUGUUCAUCUUUGGGGAGAAAGAUGAUGUUAUUCCACUGGACCAGGUCAGUGCCCUUGAAGCAGAGCUUAAAGAGAAAUGCACAGUGGAUUACCAUGUGAAAAUUUUUCCUGGUCAGUCUCAUGGGUUUGUCCAUCGCAAGAGAGAAGACAUCAACCCCACAGACAAACCCUACAUCCUGGAGGCCAGAACAGAUAUGCUCAACUGGUUCAAUAAAUACAUAUAAAUAAGAAGACCAGAGGAAUCAAUAGUUACACAUAACACUAACAUGUUUCCACACAUACCUGACCAAUUUUCAUAUGGACAGGACGAAAACCUGAAAAUGUGAAAUAUUGAGGUGCCAUUUAUAUUAAAACGGUUUCUGAAGGAUUAUGUGCCAGACCUUUCCCCAAAUUUGCUUGUUUUAUUUUGGAAGUCUGGACCUGUGGAUACUGAACAGCAAUAUUAAUGAAAUGUGAUUUUUAAAUUGUGGAGCCAAAACUCUUUAGCACUUUUGCAAAAAAACAUGAAUGCCGUAUGCUAUCUUGUAUAUUAAUGUAAAAAUCAUUUAGAAUGACGUAUGUUGAUUACACUUUAUGCAUUAAUUUGCCAACUUUGUGUAAUUUCUCAUCUUUUAUAAAGACAUGUAAUGUAUAUUUGACAUGGAACACAAAUAAAGGCUUGAAAUCAGAACUA